GCAUAAAUAGCAAGAUUCAAGAGAGAGAAAAAAGAAACCUGAUGAAAAAGAAUGGGAACAGAUAUUUACAAAAGAGCAGGAAACUGACUGACUGAUCUGAUUAUUCUACUUGAUUUAUGUUACAUAUUUUACACAGGGAACAGAUGAUGUUGCGUUUUAUCCUGACACGUCUCUGAAAGGCAUUUCCAAGGAUCCUCCAGUGCAAUGAUGUGCACACAACGAACCCACACAUGCCGAUUAUUUUGGAAUUAAAAUGGGGUGUCAAACCAGCGCAACUACUUACACCAAAUUACAACACUUUAUUAUUAGACUGCGACACCGACGAGUCUACUGCUAUUAUAGGUCCUACGUGCAUCCUUGCCGUGCUUUCUAAAAUCUGUGUACAUUUGAAUUAUCAAUUGAUAGUGCUUUUAAAUUAAAGUAACCACCGUGAAACUAUCGUGCAUGCAAACAUCCUACGAACCAUUUUAAAUGAAACUUAAAUUCUACUUCAUGAUUUUAUUUUGUUGAGAGGGACCUUAGGUCUGUAUUUGAUAUUUAAUUCUUUUAAAAUACAUGUAUUUCGGUAACUAUUCAUUCUAACAUCGGGUUUCAUUGUGCAGUUUCUUUUGGACUGAUGUGUUCUGUUUUUUUUUUUUUAAAAAAAAACUUGAAUGCGCUUAAUCUAUUCGCAGUACUAUAUUGGAUAUACUAUUAUCUACCAUACCUUUAAUCUGUCUCACACACACACACACACACACGUAGGUGAGUGCAGUCGACCUCUGUACCCUAGGAGUUUCUCUCCAUCUGCUCUUCGGUUCAAAGCUUCAAACCACAACUUUAUAAUGGCUGUGUUGUUGAGAAGAUGGAGAGGUUUGCUGGUGCUAAACCUAAUGGUAGUGACUGGGUUUAUGAUUUUUUGGACCAAAUAUAAGUCAAGAACCAUGGUAUACACAGAGCAAGGGUUGCCAGUGCAAACCAGAAAGGAUUCCAACCUUACAAGCCAGGGUUCAAGAGACAGUCAAGAGACAGUACUGAAGAGGCUCUCCUUUCUAGAAGAGGUAGUCUACAGGCAACUCAAUGGUCUUUCCAAGUCUCUGGGGCUGAUCGAAGGGUAUGAGGGGCGUGGUAAAGGAGGAUUGGCUGCCACCCUGAGUCCCGAUGAGCAGGUUAAAGCCAAAGAACUGGGAGAGAAGUAUGGGUACAACGCUUAUCUCAGCCAGAAGAUUUCACUGGAUAGAUCCCUUCCAGACUUCCGUCCAAGCAAGUGCAAAGAGCUGACCUACCGUAAGGACCUCCCUCAGGUCUCCCUGAUCUUCAUCUUUGUGAACGAAGCCCUGUCUGUGAUUCUGCGCUCGGUGCACUCCGCAGUCAACCACACGCCAGCACACCUCCUGAAGGAGAUCAUUCUGGUGGAUGACAACAGUGACGAUGACCAGCUGAAGGGACCUCUAGAGGAAUACGUCAAUAAGCGCUACCCCGGCCUGGUGAAAAUUGUCCGCAAUAAGAAAAGGGAAGGGCUGAUCCGGGCCCGAAUUGAAGGGUGGAAGGCUGCCACUGGGGAGGUCACAGGGUUUUUUGAUGCCCAUGUAGAGUUUACACCAUCAUGGGCUGAACCAGUUCUGUCGAGAAUUAAAGAGAAUCGAAAACGCAUUAUUCUUCCUUCCAUCGAUAACAUCAAACAGGACACGUUCGAGCUGGUGCGGUAUAAAGACUCUGGCCACGGCUACAACUGGGAGCUGUGGUGCAUGUACAUCAGCCCCCCCAAGGAGUGGUGGGACGCGGGGGAUGUUUCUGCACCAAUCAGGACUCCAGCGAUGAUCGGUUGCUCCUUUGUUGUGAACAGGAAGUUCUUUGGAGAGAUCGGUUUACUCGAUCCUGGAAUGGAAGUAUACGGUGCAGAGAACAUAGAACUUGGAAUCAAGGUCUGGCUGUGUGGCGGAAGCAUGGAGGUGCUGCCUUGCUCCCGGGUUGCUCACAUUGAGCGGAGGAAGAAGCCUUACCACAACAACAUCGGGUACUUUGCACGGAGGAACUCGCUGCGAGUCGCAGAGGUCUGGAUGGACGACUACAAAUCUCAUGUUUACAUGGCAUGGAACAUUCCAAUGGAGGACCAUGGCAUAGACAUUGGUGAUAUCUCACAAAGAGUAGCUCUAAGAAAAAGCAUGAACUGUAAAAGUUUCCAGUGGUACCUGGACAAUGUGUACCCAGAGAUGAGAACCUACAACACCACCCUCUUCUAUGGGGAACUGCGCAAUAAUAAAGUCAGCAACCUGUGCAUUGAUCAGGGAGAGAAAGAGAACCACACAGCUAUUCUCUACCCUUGUCACGGAUGGGCUCCGCAGCUUGCAAGAUACACAAAGGAAGGAUUCCUGUACCUGGGCUCAUUGGGAAGUACAAAACUGACUGAAGAUACACGAUGUAUUGUCGAUGAUAAGAACAGCAGGUUCCCACAGCUUCUAAAUUGUGAGAAGAUCACCAACGUCCGGCAGAAGUCCUGGCAUUUUUUCCAGAGUGAUUCGAUUGUUAAUGUGGACACUGGGCGAUGUUUGGAGGUAAUUCCCACGAAAGGCGGAUUUGGUUUUGAGCUUCUUCUGCAGAGCUGCACAGGUCAAAAGUGGAACAUUAAACACAGCAUCAAACAAGGGCAAUAGUUUCUCGACAACAUCGGUAUCCCAUAUUAACUUGAUUUUAUUUUUGUAAUAUGCAGGGCUGUGGUCAAUUCCAAUUCCAUUUCCAAUUUAUUUUUAAAAUAAAUUCUCAAUUCCAAUUCACAUUUAAUCAAUUCCAACACAUUGGUCAAAACUGCAAUCAGCAGUACUCUGCUAAAAUGAGCUACUCACAGUGGCAACACAUUACUUACAUUCAAGUCACUAUUGUCAAUUAAAUGGGCUUCACUUGAAAGCAGUUGAACAAUGACCACAAUUAUUAUGUCUCUAAAAUACCAAUUCCCAAUUCCUUCGAAGGAAUUGGGAAUUGAUUUUAAAAAGGAAUUGGAAUUGAAAAACAGGAAUGGACCCCAACCAUGGAAAUACGUGUGAGCAUGGGGACGUCUGACUGUUUUUAUUUUUUCUGUUUCUUUUGUUUAGUUUUUUCUAAUUGGUAGAAUUUAUGGGAGUAAUUGGGAGUAAUAUUUAUGCGAAGUAUGAACGCAGAAUCAGGGAGUGGGUAUUUUAUACGUAGGGAUACUGUAUACACUGUGUUUACGGACUGGGAUGUAUAGGCUAUUGCACUUUGAUUAAUAUAUACGUAUAUACGGAAUAUGAAGCUGUAAAUGUUUUCUCAACUAGGAUAAAAAAAAGACUUGAAAAAUGACAACAAAAUACCACCUUUAUUCUUGAAGCUAACAAUUCCACCCUCAGAUGAUAGUUAUUUGUAAACCAGAAAACAGGAAUGUGCUGUUUGAUCUCCUGGUUGCACAGUUAUGCUGUAGAUCUGACAUUGUGAGAAAAAAAAAAACUGUAGUCAAAAAUACAUCACUCAUACUACCAAAUUGUUGGGUUUUAUUCUGCUUACGGGACAUGGAAAAUAAAGUUAAUUUUCUGUGUCCUACAUUCCCCUAAGUUGUGUCACUCUAAAGGCCUGGUCGACAGCAACAAGAUGAACACAUUUGUUGCCUGCCUGUUGCCUUGCAGUUUGCGGUGGUCACACAGGAGACAAGCCUGCAGUCAACAAGCUAGCGACACACAGGCAACAACGUAAUACAACCCAAUCACAAUGUACGUUUGUGUCACGAGACGUAAACAUGCUGUGAAGGAAGACUAUGAAAAUUGUACUAGUUACAUUAUAACAAACCUGUAGUUCCUUCUUAAUUAAAUAAAAGUUGUACAUUAGUAGAAUUAUUUAGUUAGGUCUACAUAUUUAAUAUGCCAAACAUAAUAAAUAUAUCGGUAUUCAUUAUCCUAAACAAUGUUUUCAAUACUGUACUUGUAAUUCUAGGCUUUCGAAAGCAAGAAGGGAGACGUGAGAUUUUUUAAAACAAAUUUCACUUUGUUUACUGUUAAAAUGAAAGAUGUUAUGAUUUCGGGUUAAUGUAAGAAUGACAGGCAUACUGCAUACAAGGCAAAUUAAUUUAAAAUAAAACAUUUUUUAAAAUACACUACACAUGUAUUUUAUUAUUGUAGAAUUGUAGCCAUAACUUAAAUGUUAUUGUAAUCAUGGACAUUAACAUUCGCUUAUCCACAUACACACUGUAUUGCAUAUCUAUAGACUACAUAUAAUUGGAUGAAAUGCAAGAAUCAGAACGUAUCAUAUACGUCUGACGUUAUAGCCUUAUCGUCAUGUGACACUACUUUGAAAUUUGAUUGGCUGGUAUUGAAAAUAUUGCCCUCAUGUUGCCUGAAAAAUAGAACAUCGUCCUAAUUGGGAGACAUGUCACCGGGGUGUUGUCCGGGGUGGUCACACAAGCCGGCAACAUCCGUCGCGUCCUUGUUGCCGUCGACAAAAGUCGCCCGUGUGACCAGGCCUUAACAGUGUAGCAUAAACAUUCUGUUUCCGAAUGCUUGAAUCAAUUAAUUUUGAUGCCGUCUGAUUGUCCAACGAUGAAGCAUGAAGGAUUUAAAUACGGAUCUUCAAUAACUGCACAAAACUUCUGCCCUGUUAAGCACAGUGCUAUUUUAACCAGCACUGGUAGCUAGUGAUUUGUGAGUUGAAGGAAGCAUGAAAUGCUACCGGUUCCCAAUAUCAAAGGCUGUUAUAUUCUGGAGCCGUUUCUGAUUUGAUCGCCGAUCUUACUAUAAAGUGAUGUUAAAAUAAGGGAAUAGAAUGUGCCCUCUGGUCAGGGUUUGAAAUCUGAUGUAUUCAUGUUGGAAAAGCAUAACAGUAAAGUUUAAUAGGUUUCAGGUCUGUUGGUCUGUCUUCUAAUAAAUAAAUGGUGUUGGAAACAUG